AUGUCGUACACGGAACACGACAACAAGCAGGGCGGCAGCGUCAUCAUCACCGAGGCGAAGGACAACGAUGUCGUCGCCGUCUUCAUGCCCAAGGGGGGUAUUGAGGAGGAGACGGACGCUGUCGACGCCGUCUUUGGCGCGCUCGACGAGCGCACGCAGCGGUACCGCUCCGUGACAACCCUCGGCGCAUUCGCGCUCCUCACCAAGGCGAAUAUCGGCCUCGGCGUCCUCUCCAUCCCCUUUGUGUUCCAGGUCCUCGGCAUUGUCCCGGGCAUCAUCUGCAUCCUCAUCCUGCAGACCAUGAUGGGGUACGCCGCGACCAUAGUCGGCUCGUUCAAGCUCAACCACCCAGAGGUGUACGACCUCGCUGACGCGGGCUACGUGUUCGGCGGGCGCUGGGUGCGCGAGAUUCUCUACGUCUUCUUCUUCAUGUUCUGCGUGAUUGCCGGCUCUGGCGCCAUGGUUUCCCUCUCGGCCGCGCUCAACGCAAUCUCAAGCCACGCGGCCUGCACGGCCAUCUUCAUCGCCGCCAUGGCCGCGGUCGGCUUCAUCCUCGGCUCGAUUCCCACCCUGUCGCGCAUCACGUGGAUCGGCUGGGUCGGCCUCAUUUGCCUCAUGGCGUCGCUGCUCACGCUCACCAUCAGCGUCGGCGUGCAGGACCGCCCGGCCGACGCGCCACAGCCGCCGCUGCCUUGGACGCGCGAAAUCAACGUCAUCGGCCACCCUUCCUUCACCGAGGCCAUGGCGGCCAUCAGCUCGUACGUGGCACUUUUCUUCCCCAAAGUGCAGCCACUGACCGCCAGCUUCAACAUUGUCUCGGAAAUGCGCGACCCCCGCGGAUACAACAAGGCCAUGCUCACCUCCAUCGGCCUCAUCACCAUCAUCUACCUCGUCAUCGGCGGCGUCGUCUACUCGUUCUGCGGGCAGUACGUCUCCUCUCCCGCGCUCGGGUCGGCCGGCCCGCUCAUGAAGAAGGUAUGCUACGGCCUCGUGAUGCCCUCCAUUCUGGCGGGAAUGACAAUCUUCAUGCACCUCGGCGCCAAGCACGUCUUCAUCCGCGUUCUCCGUGGAUCGCACCACCUCACGCACCCCACGCGCACGCACUACGUGGUGUGGUUCUCGACCGUGUUCGGCAUCACUGCCCUCUCGUACAUCUUCGCCUCGGCCAUCCCCAACUUCAGCUCCAUCAUCGGCUUCUUUGGCGCGCUCGUCGUCCCCGCCUGCGCCAUCAUCCCGUACCCCUUCAUGUGGUGGCACGACUCGUGGCGCUACGCCACGCCCGAGGAGCGCACCACCAAGCGCCGGGUGUUGCUCUGGAUCAACAUGUUCAUUGCUCUGGUUGGCUUCUACAUCACCAUUGCGGGCGUGUAUGGCGCCGGCGUGGAGCUGGUCAAGGCUAGCUCGAAGCGCGGCCCGUGGAGCUGCGCCGACAACUCGUAA